GAAGGCCCAGCCACUGCUGAAGAAGAAGGAAACAGGUAUCUUCGAGUGACACACGGCAAAGGAGACUUGUGGAAGCAUGCACAGCGCUUGGCUUCUCUCAGCCUGCCCAGCAGCUAGAAAUCAAUCAUUGCGGAGGAUUCGCUGACCAGCGCAGCGAAUCGCCAACGGACCCAGCUCUGGAGUAAAGGCACGUUCAGUCGCCAUUCCAGCUUCCAGCUCCGCACUGCCCUGUCAGUGGUCUUUGGAGCCUGAACGCAACCGCCAUUGUCCAGGCACACAACCACAACAACUCACACUUGCGAAUCUCGCUCUCGGGCGCAUCACAAAACAGAGUCGUCCUUGUGUCUUCGCUUUACCUGCCAACCCGAGGUCGUGUCCGUAGCACCAGGCUCUCGCAUUCUAGGAGCGACAGACCCCAACUUUUCCGCCCGCCGACUCCUGGCAGCGCGCUUACUCCGUAGUGUUGCAAAUCAUGGCUGGUUUCGCUUCCCAGGCCGACGAAGGUUACUCAGAAGACCCCCUGACCGCGAUUUCCGCUUCUGCAUCCUUCUCCCACAAGACGCGCGACGACUCGGUCUCGGCCCUGAGUUCCUCUCAAGCUGCAUCGGAUUUCCCGGCAUGGAUGCUUCAACAUAUAUCUAACCUCUCCAUCUCUCGCAAGACCGAACUUGCGAUGGCGCUCUUAAAUGACCUUCCUACCUCUGUAAUCUCGGAAAUAGUAGAACACCUCAACCCCAGACUCAACAUCGACUUCAUCCGCUACCUGCCCCCCGAGGUGUGCCUCAAGAUUCUCAGCUUCCUCGACCCCGUCUCACUCAUCAGCGUUGCGCGCGCAUGUAGAACAUGGUACGGCCUCGCUUUGGAUCGCAAGCUGUGGGAACAGCUGUAUUAUAUGGAGGGCUGGUCUGCAAAACCGAAAGAGAUCGCUGCCUGGGAGAAGAGCAUCAAUGGAGUUCGUCAGGGAGUGUCACGGCGAGUUGACUCGGAAACUGAGGGUCAUGCGCAUAAGAAGCGCGCCAUUACCGUCUCUUCAAACCUCAAUGCCGACAUGGAUAGUGUCAUGCUGGACGCGGGGGCAAUAAAGCAGGAGCCCGCCGAGAUGGACGCGUCAGAAAGCAGUCUGUUUGGCGGACCGACAGGAAGUGCUGACGGUGGUAGCAUCUCACGAAGAUUGGAUGAUCUGGAAGUAAAGAGUGUUGGCUCAGGUUCGGGGUCGGCGAACAAGAGCGCCUCGCUGGACAAGGGCAAAGGGAGGGCACGCUCACCGGAAUCCAGUUCUUCAAUGCGAUCCAAAGGCAACUUCUUGGACACAGUACUAGCCACGCCCCUAUCAAGAUUACCGAGAUCCACGCUAUGGGUUCUGGAUGACCACGACCGCAGAUAUAAGCUUAAUUGGAAGCACUUUGACUCUGACCCCGAGGAGGACAUCAUCGUGUCAGGCAGUUCGGACUCGGACGUGAUCAUUUGGAAGUUCUCGACCGGAAAGGUGAUCCAAACACUCAAAACUGCCCACCGGGAAUCUGUACUCAACGUCAAGUUUGACAAACGGAUCCUGGUCACUUGCUCCAAGGAUAAGCUGAUCAAGGUCUUCAACCGCCGACCUCUGCGCGCUGGCGACCUUGGAUACCGGGAGGUGAGCCCCGUGCCCACCACCAUCAACUACGGUUACAACAUCCCUAUGGCUCCCGAGGACCUCCCACAAACUCCGGCUUGGACUUUGAUCGGCGUAUUGGAAGGCCAUAGUGCGGCCGUCAAUGCUGUUCAGAUCCACGACCGGGAAAUUGUGUCUGCAAGCGGUGACCGCCAUAUCAAGGUUUGGGAUUGGCCGACUCAGACAUGCAGCCGCACCAUUGUUGGCCAUACCAAAGGAAUCGCAUGCGUUCAGUACGAUGGCCGGCGAAUUGUCAGCGGUAGCAGUGACCAUGAAGUAAAGGUGUUUGACAGGGCGACAGGUCUGGAGGUAGCGAGCCUUCGUGCGCACUCUGCUUUGGUACGGACGGUUCAAGCUGGAUUUGGAGAUUUGCCCUUCCAGGCCGAAGAUGAUGCGGAGGCGGCAAAGAAGGUGGAUGAGGCUUACUUCAAGGCGCUCGAGGCAGGGUUACUUGACGACACAAACCGCCCGAAAGCUGGUCGUCGGCAGGGAAAUGCAGGAUCCAGAAGACCGGAGGACAUCUGUGCCUACGGUGCAAAGCUCCCACCUGGAGGCGGAGGGGGCAAAUAUGGCCGGAUCGUCAGUGGCAGUUAUGAUACUAGUAUUAUCAUCUGGCGCCGAGACAAGGAGGGCAUCUGGAAAGACCAGCAGCACCUCAAGCAAGAGGAAGCCGCUGCCGUUGCGGUCAAGCUGGGACGGACAACGCUUCCCCCGAUGUCGAAUUUCCUGGACGCUGCUGCUGCGGCGAUCCCUUUACACCCUUCAGUGCGACCGGGUCCCUCGCAACAACCCGGCGGUUCGUCAAGCACGCUCACAGCAAACAAUUCCCUACCAACACAGCCCGCGAGCGCACCACCAAGCACAUCGGCCGGGCCUUCAGUACCGCCUCCGAGACCGGAUAGCGAACAAAUACGGGCGCUAAUCGACGAGGCAAUCCAAGCAGGCGCCCAAGCCUUUACACGCGCCAUCGGCAACCAUCCCAUCAUCUUGACACAGCGACAGUACAUUGAAGGCAAGAUCGACCGAUUGCAGAACGCUGUCACACGGAGUCAGCUUCGACAAGCCUUUUCUGGUGCUUUGAUUAGAGCUCAAUUCGAGCAGACCAGGCUACGACGGGAGGCUCAGCGGAACGCGGAAGCGAUUGCGGCAGCAACGAACGCACUGGCGGGCCCUUCAACAUCUUCACAACAACACAGAAACAAUACCGAGCCUGCUCAGGCAUCAUCAUCAUCGUCGUCAUUAGCAGCACCGGCGUUACCGGCAGCUCGACUGUUGACGGCUAGCCAGCAGCAGGCGGCCGUAGCGUAUCAGGCACAUGCGGAACUGACUUCUGGAGGACACGGACGUGUGCAUCAGCUUCAAUAUGAUGCGAGACGGAUCAUUUGCUGCAGUCAGACGAGUGUGAUUGUGGGGUGGGAUUUUUGCAAUGGGGAUAAGGAGUUGGAGCAGGCGGCGCAGUUUUUUGGGCCGGUGGAAUAGAUGGGGGGAUGCAGGAGUGUGAGAUCUUUGUCGGAGUUUUUGGAGGAAAAUGGGUGCUGCUGUAUGGGUCUCAAGAAAGGUGCAUGUGUAUAGUUUUGUAGUUUGUUCUCAGGAACUUGUUUCUUUUUUUUUUUUUUUGCCUGAUCAUUUUUUGGAUCGAUACAUAACGACAUUUGGGAGCGGGGAAGUGGUAUUCAGUUAGAAGGGGUUUUUUAAUCAUAGCAUUAUCCGACCGGGAGAUAUACGAGAGAGGCCAUGAUGGCUCUUCAGCAGGUGUGUCUGUGGCAAUGGUGGGCGUUGAACAAAACUUUGUUGUCUUUUGCCUAUAAAAUGUACCAUGAUCCCUACACUCCAUUCCUUGUACACACCCGCGCUCUCUCUCCCAUCUUUUUGGGGGAGACCUUAACCAGCAGCCUCCUUGACCUUGCCGGCUUGCCCAGCAACAGGCGGCUCAUCGAUAAACUCGGGCACCUCAUCCUGCAUAAAACUCGGCAGCGAAUUCAUGUCCCCGCCCAUCAUCUCCCUUUCCAACUCGACCUCCUGCCCCAAGGCUUCGAGCUCGGCAUCCAACUCUGCCUCGUCCACAUCUUCGGGAAUGUCAUAACUCCUCGCCAGGCUUUCCUGUAUCUCAUUCCCCACGUCCAGCAGAUCCGCCAUCUCGUCCUGCAGGCGCUCAAUCUUGUCGAUGUCGACCUUGCCGUACUCUUUUUUCAGGGCCUUGUUUGUUUGCUUUAGUGCGUCGAUGGUGACCAUUGUGUUUUUGAGGUUGUCCUGCAUUGUCUGGGCCUGCUCCAUGUUCCAGACUUGGGAUUGGAGCUGGUCGCGCUGGGCUUCGUAUUGUUUGCGGCGCUGGAGGACUUUGAGGGCUUUUUGCUUUAGGGCGGUCUUGCCGGGGCCGUCGCGCAUUUUGGAGAGCUUGGUUUGGUAGGUUGUUAGCUCGGCGUUGAGGGCGGAGAGCUUGACGUCGAUGGAGGAGAUGCGGGUGUCGAGGGAGGUGAUGGCGGUGUUGAGGGUUGGUUUGGGGGCUUUUGGGGCGGGGGUGCCGAAGAGACGGUUCAUUUUGGCGAUUUUUGGGCCUGGGAAGGACUUGGAAUUUAGGGAGGUUGUUGUUGUUCGGAAGAAGGGGUUGCGAUGGCGAUGAUCGCAAUGGUGGUGGUCGCGAUAGUGGUUUGGUG